CUUGUCUGAAGCUUUUAAUUUUAAAAAUAGGUGGAUGCUAUGCCUGUUUAGUAUUCAUGCUGAUUGUACACUUUUUGUCACAAGGAGAAUGCUCCACCUUCAAUGACAGCUUUGAUGUCUCAUGGGGAAAUGACCAUGUUAAAUUGUUCAAUAAUGAACAGACAGUAGAGCUCUCUUUGGACAAAGCUUCAGGUUCUGGUUUCACCUCAAAAAAUAAUUACCUGUUUGGAAGCUUUAACAUGAAAAUUAAGCUCAUAGCUGGAAAUUCUGCAGGAACAGUCACUGCAUAUUAUAUGUCAUCAGAUUCAUCAUCUCAUGAUGAAUUCGACUUCGAAUUUUUGGGAAACCUGCCAGGAAAGGGAUAUCAUUUGCAGACCAACAUUUUUGUGAAUGGAGUUGGAAACAGAGAGCAAAGAAUUCGACUCUGGUUUGACCCAUCAAUAGAUUUCCAUAACUACUCAAUUCUAUGGAACCAAAAGCAGAUUGUAUUUGGAGUGGAUUCAAUUCCCAUUCGCGCUUUCAAAAGUAACGAAUCUUUGGGCAUCCCAUAUCCUAAGAAUCGACCCAUGAAAAUCAUUUCCACCCUCUGGAGUGGGGAAAACUGGGCCACCAAUGGCGGAAAAGUGAAAAUAGAUUGGAGCAAAGCUCCUUUCAUUGCAUCUUUUCAAGCUUUUGAAGUGGAUAGGUGUGUAACAUCUGCUUCACCUUCACCUUCACCUUCACCUUCACCCUGUGUUGGGCAUUGGUGGGAGCAACCAGAAUUUGAGGGCCUCAGUCAAGACCAGCUCAAUAAACUCGGAUGGGUUCAGAAGAAUUAUAUGUUUUAUGACUACUGCAAAGAUAAGUCUGGAAGGUUUUCAAGUGUUCCCAUUGAGUGUGCCAUAAACCCCUAAAUCGCCGGAUUUGAUUCAU